AAAAAAAAAAAAAAGUUACAAUAUAAAAUUGUAAUACCAGCUAGUAGCAUUUUCCAUGCUCCAUUUUAAUAAGAUGGAGCUGGUUUUAGUAAGCCUAUAUAAGGAGUAAUAUAUCUUUGCAUCUGUCCUCAAGAUACAAAAUUGGAACUUCAUAAUAUCCUUCUCUUCUGCGUCCCUCAAACCUUAUAUCCAUUCUAAAUCCAGAAAUCUACCACCUGGUCCCCCUGGUCUCCCCAUAAUCGGUUCACUACUAGAGCUAGGCUCAAGACCCAACCAAUCACUAGCCGAGCUUGCCAAAAUCCAUGGCCCUCUCAUGACUCUAAAACUUGGUUCAGUCACUACCAUAGUAGCCUCCUCCCCUGAAACAGCGAAAGAGAUCCUCCAUAAACACGACGAAACUUUCUCAGCACGCACUGUUCCCGUUGCUGUCGCCGCCCAGCCUAACCUAGAAGCGACAGUGGCAUGGAUCAAUGGUGAUCACUUAUGGAAGAAAAAGAGAAGAUCCUUAGCACACAUAUGUUCACUAACCACAGACUCGAUUCUUUCCAAGAACUUCGUCACCAAAAGGCUGCAAAACUAGUGAAUCAUAUAAGGAAAGAGCGUCAAACUGGUACAGCUGUUGACAUCGGACGUGUUGCUUUUGCGGCAACAUUGAAUUCAAUAUCGAACACCAUUUUGGCACAACGAUCAAGCCUCCUAUGGUGGUUCUUGCAUGUGUGUGACACGACAUCGGAUGGCAGGAAUUAUUAAUGGCUGGAAGUGACACAUCUGCUAUAACCAUGGAAUGGGUAAUGGCAGAACUCCUUCGAAAUCCUCAUGAGUUACAGAAGGUAAGAGAAGAAAUUCUUCAACAAAUAGGCAUAGAAAGGCCAGUAAAAGAAUCAGACAUUGAGAAACUUCCAUACCUCCAAGCAGUUGUAAAAGAAACCAUGAGACUUCACCCAACAGUUUCAUUACUCUUACCACAUAAAGCUCAAAAUGACAUAGAUGUAUUGGGCUACACUGUGCCCAAGAACACUCAAGUUCUCGUGAAUGCUUGGGCCAUUGGAAGAGACCCAAAGUCAUGGGAAAAGCCACUGGAGUUUAUGCCUGAAAGAUUCAUCAAAUCAAGUGUGGAUUACAAAGGUAGGAACUUUGAAUUUAUACCAUUUGGUGCUGGCAGGAGAAUUUGUCCCGGAAUGUCACUUGCUAUAAGGAUGGUGAAUUUGAUGUUGGCUUCUAUUAUUCAACCACUUAAUAAUUGUUCAGUAGCAAGACUGUAAAGUGGAAGAUAUAAUAAGCAGAGUUAUUGUUCAGUAUGGAAGAAACGAGUUCGCCCUAACAGCAAAAUUCACCUGUUUGCAGAAAAAAGCAACAUUAAGUACUAGUAUUGACGAACUUGCCCUCCAUUAUCCAACUAUAGCUCAGCAGGAAUCUGGUGAGUGAAGCAAAGUUGAGACUUAUGCUAGUUUCUUUAGAUUCAUUUAGGCUUUACAUUCACCAUCUUAAGAUACUAUAGAAGCAUCUCAUAUACGUCUGUUUAUUAUUCUACAGUUCUUCUAUCUUCCGAAAUUUAUUCGAAUAAAAGGGCAGCCCGGUGCACAAAGCAUCCCGUAUUCAUGCAGGGUCACGGAAAGGGACACACCUUAAGGGUGUGAUGUAGACAGUCUACCCUAAUGCAAGCAUUAGCGGUUGUUUCCACGGCUCGAACCUGUGACCUAUAGCUCACGCGGAGACAACUUUACCGUUGCUCCAAAGCUCACCUUCAAUACCUUAAAAUUUUGUAGCUUACCGUAGAGGAAGAUAAUAACUAAAAUUAUAUUCUUUAAGCAACUUAUAACCCAGAGAACUGCAUAAAUUGGGAAUAUGUUCUAAAUUGUUGUUACUUGUAUUUAAGUCCUUGCCUAUUGUACCCUUCAGAAAUCUCUUCUUCUCUAUUCGCAGUACUGUAUUGAUGAAAGAACUUAAUUAGUAGUCAUCAUUGUACCAUCACCUAGGCAUAGAGCAGAAACAUCAAGUAUCAAAUUGUUCAGACAAAGAGUUAGUUCUUCAUUUAGAAUUUUUUUGUACAACUGCUCAUCAUAUUUCUAUUUGGUACAUUUCAUUAGCGACGUUUAAUGGUUC